CCUCAGAGCUAACAAGUGGGGUGCAAGGCAUGAACGCAUCCUUCACACUUGUUCCAUCCCAAAAGAACUAUGGCGUCCUCGCCGCCCGCCGCGGAUAGCGACAAUGAUGCACGUCCCUUAAUUUCACCACCUUCAAGUCCGACCCGACGCUCUCCAGGUCGCCGCUCGCCAACACGGUCACUCAGCUCUCCGUCCCGGUCAGCACCAGCACAUCGCAUUCCUAUUCCCUUCUACUGUCACAUUCAAAAUUUUAUACAACAUAUCCGCACCCAUCCUUACUCUCCACGCACGUUUCAAACCCUAUGUAUAUGCAUUGUCUUUUUUAUUGUGGUGUGGGGCAUCCGACUCGAAUGGAAGCGAGGGGCAAUGCCGAAGCGGGUUAUCGGUGCAGAUGAAGUGGGGCAGUUUUCAGCUGAAGCAGCCUGGACAGUGUUGAAGGAGAUUGGAAAGGAGCCGAGGAGUAUUAAUGAUGAGAGCAAUGAGCACGUGCGAAAGUAUUUGAUAUCCGAACUUGACCGUCUCAAAAGUGAAGCGAGUUCUCUUGGGCGAUCCGAUGAGUAUAUUACUAUUUUACGUGAUGAUGCAACCAAUCUCCUUUACAAGAACGCAUACUACGAAUCGACAAACAUUGUCGUCCGCGUACAGGGUUCAUCAUCCACGGAUCGGUCUGCCCUCCUCGUGUCGGCUCACUACGAUUCGACGCCGUUAUCACAUGGGGUGACCGAUGAUGGGAUUGCAGUAGCGGUCAUGAUCGAGCUCGUUAGGGCUCUAAUUCAUAAUCCAGUGCUUAAACACGAUGUUAUUUUACUUUUUAAUAAUGGAGAGGAACUGGGUUUAUUCGGUGGAUACUCAUUUCUUCAACAUCCGUGGUUCACCGAUGUCAAGGCAUUCAUCAACUUGGAGGGGACGGGAACUGCAUCUGGAAGUCGUGCGUUACUGUUUCGAACCAAUUCAUAUGAGAUGGUUGAAGCAUAUGCCAAUUCAGCGCCCUACCCACACGCCUCAGUGUUAGUAGAUGAUAUGAUGGCGUUCGUGAGAAGCGACACGGAUUACCGACCUUACGCCGCGUAUGGGAAACGUCCUGGACUGGAUAUAGCCUUUUACACACAUCGAUAUCUUUACCAUUCGCUCGGAGAUGAUUUGACCCAUGCCAAUGCGUUGAGUGUGCAGCAGUUGGGAGACAACGUUGUCGCGGUGGUGAAAUUGGUUUGCAGUUCGGACUUGUUGGAUUCCAUUCAACCAGGCGCUGUAGUCGAAGAUCCGUCAGGUGUUUUGCCCAGCGGUGGUUUUGUUUAUUAUGAUUUCCUCGGGACACAGAUGGUACUGGCAAGCGGGGUUUUGCAAAAGACUGGCAUGGCUCUUCUGCUUGUUGCGGUCUUUAUUGGCACAAUCUUCAAGGCUGUAGCAGAAGCCAGACGUGUGGGCGUCAAGCGAGUGAUAGUACGGUACGGUCGACCCAUUUUUGAGGCUUUCGUUUUGGUAUUGGCAACGUUUGCCCUGUCGAUCUUCGUUGUAUUUCUGCUGUCGACCAUCAAAUCCUUGGUGAAUCGAGGUUCCACCUACGGCCAUCCCAGGACAAACCUGAUGUGGAUUUGCAUGGCGAUUUUUGCCACGCUCUGUGGUAUUCAGAUCGUGUGGCCGUGGGUGGCGAUCAAAACGCGAUUACGACGGAAGCCCGUGGUGCUGUACAGCAUGCUACCAACGAGCAUCGGGGAAGGUGAUGAAUCCCACAGAGAAGAGACAGAUGGAGAAAUGGAACUGGAUGAUUCCGAUGUGGCGUCUUUGGAUUCUGAUGAUGAGGACGCACCAAUUUCUCCUUUGAGACCGACUCACCACAGUUCCCGCCAUCGUGAAAUCUUACCGUCUGGCCCGUCUCUGCAUAUAUGGCAGCCGUACGGUAUCCUACUAUUUCACCAAGUGCUCUUGUUCACGGCUCUGCUCUUGGCUGCAACACGAAACUUGAUGGGAUUUUAUAUCUUUUAUGGAUUUGCAUUCUAUUCUUCCCUGGCAGUAUUAGUAACCAUUUCUCUGGGCACCAUCAUCCGGAAAUGGUGGCGAGCGGAUGUUGUUGUAUCUAAUCAAACCGUGGUGCCUACAACAACCUCUUCGGGUUUUGCGAAAUGGAAGCGAGUUGCGGUGGAGCUAUACGAGCGAUAUGUCUGGGUCCUUUGGAUGUGUAUUGCGGGUGUUAUACCACUCAUGCAUGUUAUGGAAGUGAUCUCGAUUGGAAUUGUUGGCCUACCUGCACUUAUUGCGGAGGGCCUACCGGAGACUAUUGUGGAUCUCUUUUUCGGAUUUUGGACUACCCUUACGGCGCUCCUUUUCCUUCCGGCUGUAACCCGUCAUCGCAUUCAUCUUCCGUUCCUAACGGCGGUUUUUGCCAUUCUGUUUGUCCUUUCGUAUGUGCCAUCUCUGUGGAUGUUUCCAUUCUCACCCGAGCGUCCCCAUAAGCUAACGUUCACUGAGACAUGGGAUAUCGCAAACAGAACGUCGACGGUUGAGGUGCUCGUUCUACCCACUAUGGGUGCGAUCAAGUGGGGGCAGACGGCCUACCGUUCCGAGGAAGUGGAUUUUGACUGUGAGGGAGGGUUUUCUGGAGUUGUUGAAGGAGUGUGUCGAUUGUAUGAUUUCGAACCGCCCCAGGUGGGUGGGGGAAUGAUGAUCAAGAUUGAUCGGGAAGACGUGAAGGAGGGUCUUGUGGAAGGAAGUGUCACGGGUUUGGAAUCUUCCAAAAUUUGCUUGCUGGGAGUCGAACCCUACCUUCCUGCGAACCCAAAAGAGUCCAUGGACAUUGGUGUACAGUUGGAAAUACACAAUCUAACCCGCUGGACAAACUUUACGGCCCCACAACCCGGCCCAGAACCGCCAACUGUAUCUCACGCUAUUUAUUACGCACGCUCGGCCCGGAUCGAAACUACCUUCCGCGUAACAUUCCCCCCCAACACGUCCCGCCCGGAAAUUACAUUUAUCUGUUUUUCUCCCGCACGACGAACCAGCCAGGCCUAUAAGCACCUCCUUAUGUUAGACGAAAAUAAUAAUCCAGAACCUGUGGACUCUGGGACCAAAGGACCAGCCGUCGCUUCCUGGGCUACAUUUGUUGAUGCAGUGACUAGACAAGUGCCUGUAGGCAAAGUAGCGGACUGGGUAAGGGUUAUUGGAGGGAGAGCUGGUGGGGUGGGUGUUUUGACAAAAAUCUGAUACCAGUCAUGAUGCGAGCAAAAUUGUGAUACCAUGCAUUGGAUGCCCUGAUACAAUUACUUUAGAGUUCCUAAUUUGCGAGAAUUUUCUAUUUUUUGGUUUUGUUUUUUUUGGAUGAGUUGCAUGUAACAUGUUGGGUAUCUGAACUCUUUAUAAUAAUGAGAUCUGAUUUCAC